AUGGCGAGCCAUCUCUCCGCCCAGGAGGUUAUUAAGGCCUUAGGAUUGUCCCCACACCCGGAAAAAGGCUACUACCUAGAGACCUUCCGCGACCGCGACGAAUCCAACGACAGCUCCCCUAGCACCUGUAUUUACUAUCUUCUUGAGGGCGAAGCUGGCCUCUCCAAGUGGCACCGUGUUCACAAUGCCACCGAAAUAUGGCAUUAUUAUGCUGGCGCCCCUUUACAACUUUCACUCUCCUGGGAUGAUGGAAAGCCCACCCGAGAUUUUAUUCUAGGGAUUGAUAUUGCAAAAGGCCAACGCCCUCAAGCUUUUGUGAAGCGUGGGGAAUGGCAGCAUGCAAGAUGCUUAGGUGACUGGACACUCGUGGGUUGUACAGUGGCACCGGCGUUCCAGUUCGAAUCUUUCGAGAUGGCUGAGGAAGGGUGGGAGCCGCGGAUGGCUUUAUAA